AAAAACAUAUAUAAAGGUCAGAGUUGUGUACAAGUCAUAUUUACUAGUUUUAGAACAGUCGCUCAAAUGGGAGAAGGGGAGUUUACGAGGAAACGUGAAGGCAUCAUUGUUCCACCCCUGCUAGCCUGGCAGAAGGCUAAACCUACAGCAGCAGCGUUUACAGGCACCGGACUUCAAACAAUCUGCCCAGGCCAAGCCUCCCUAUCAGGAGCAGAGCAGCAGGACACACCGGACGUCCUCAGUCUGCAAGCGAACCGUUAUUCAUUUGACAACUCACAGCAGCACCGUUAGCAGGCUAAAGCUAGCAGGAAGAGCUAACCACAGUUGGCUAAAACUACAGCUGCUCCCCGCUGAGGACCACCCACUGCAGACUGCUGGACUUGACCGAUCCAGCUAUGUAAACUGCUCUGAUGUGUGGACAUCUACAUCCAUUCAGCUCCUGGUUGAGACAGCUGUCAAGCUGGUCUGGAGGACCACACUGUUUCUGUGACAUAAACAUCCAACAGACCUGCAGCUGAUUUGGCUGAACAGGUGUAUGUUGGUCUGAUCAAAGCAUAACUCCCCUGAGCAGCCUCCUCCCCCUCCCUCCCUCCCUCUGCUCUCUCUGUAGCACUACAAUGCCUCUGGGUUUGGGAAGAAGGAAGAAGGCGUCCCCGUUGGUGGAGAACGAGGAAGCAGAGCCAAUCCGCGCAGGUCUCAAUCUGCCGGGCAUGGAUGGCCUGGAUGGAGGUGUUGUUGGGCUUGGAGAAGGUGCCACCUCUGAAGGUCUGCCUCCUCCACACAGCAGCAUGCGACCUCGCCUCAUCUUCCACACCCAGCUGGCUCACGGCAGCCCCACAGGCCGUAUAGAGGGUUUCAGUAAUGUGAGGGAGCUCUAUGCCAAGAUCGGUGAGGCCUUUGGGAUACCGCCGUCUGAGGUCAUGUUUUGCACACUGAACACUCACAAGGUGGACAUGGACAAACUGUUGGGAGGUCAGAUUGGGCUGGAGGACUUUAUUUUUGCCCACAUUAAAGGACAGCGAAAGGAAAUAGAGGUGUAUAAAGGAGAGGAUGCACUAGGGUUGACGAUCACUGAUAAUGGAGCGGGCUACGCGUUCAUCAAGAGAAUCCGCGAGGGGAGCAUCAUCCACCAGAUCCAGGUCAUCAACGUGGGUGAUAUGAUCGAGUCCAUCAACGGCCAUCGCCUGAUUGGGUGCCGACACUAUGAGGUGGCCAAGAUGCUGAAGGAGCUUCCCAAAGGCAAGGAGUUCACCAUCAAGCUGACGGAGCCCCUCAAGGCUUUUGAUAUGAUCGGCCAGCGGUCUGGAGGGUCCAGGUCAUCAUCAGGGGUUCAGUUGGGGACCGGCAGAGGAACUCUGCGGCUGCGCUCUAAAGGUCCUGCAACAGUGGAGGAACUGCCCUCUGCAUUUGAGGAAAAGGCCAUUGAGAAGGUGGAUGACCUGCUUGAGAGCUACAUGGGCAUCAGAGACAGCGAGCUGGCGGCCACCAUGGUGGAGCUGGGAAAAGACAAAAAGAACCCUGAUGAGUUUGCAGAGGCUUUAGAUCAAACCCUCGGGGACUUUGCCUUCCCAGACGAAUUUGUUUUUGACGUCUGGGGUGCCAUCGGCGAUGCUAAGGUUGGCCGAGUGUAACCACGGACACUGCUGGAGCAGAACAACCUGUGUGUGGCACCAACAACGUUCAGCACUACUAGAAAACACAACACUACCGUCAUGAGUUUGUUUUUAUUCCAGUGUAUACUCCUACUGUUUUUAAUUUAGAGUGUACCCUUUUGGGAGCCUCUGCCUAGACAAAGAGGAUAAUGGCAGUUAAUGGGAGAAGAAGAUGACUCCGAUGACUUCCAAAGUGCAUUUUUAUUUUGUCUUCCGGCUUUUUCCAGAAAAUACAAGCACGCUGAUGAGCUUUCCUUUUGACCGCAUCACAUGAACCUGCAUGUCAUUGUUGUAGUUGUUGGCAGUGGAACAAAUAGAGCACAAGUCUCUAAUAUGGAAGCGUUGAAAGACAACACAAAGUAGAUCUUUGAUACUUUGCAAAAAAAAAAAAAAGGAUGUGAUUUUUCCACAUUGCACAACAGUGAUCGCACUGUACCUCGCCUGAUGAGCGGCACAGUUAUUGCACAGUAGAAGGCAUCGGUCUCCCUGAGUCACAGUGACGUCCUGAACCACUCGCUGUUACUGCUAUGGAUCAGUUUUACAAGCAUGUGUUGUUAUAUUUUUAUCUUCAUAAUGAAUUAUGCUGGUUUUAUGUCGUUUUUAUUUUGGUAAAAGAAAAAAAAUAGAAGUUACAAAACUCAUCGUAACAUGUAGCUCGCUGACUAAAAGAUCAGUGGUGUUUAUUCACCUUCAGUACACUCCGUGCUGUAAUGAAGUUAACACAUACAUUUGCUAGUGUUAGAGAAAAUCAGUGUUAAUUUACCUUUUUUUAAGGUGAGAAUCGGGAGCAGAGUGGUUCUAGGCUUGUGGGUUGUGUUGACUUAUUUUUUUAUAGUUAGUGUUUUUAUAUAAAGUGAUGUGAAGUCUAUUUUAAAACAGGGUUUGUGUAAUGGAUGAAGAAUUUGAUCUUGUGUUGCAAUUACUUUAUUUUGAUGCAUUACAGAAGACAGUAUUAAAGAUGAGAAAGUCAUGAGAUGGAGUAGUUGUGUAAAAAUAAAUAAGGAAAAGGAAUCUGUUAAGAACUAAAUGCAUUCAUUACUUCUCAUUUCAUGCAUUUUAUACGUUUUUUUUUUUUUUGGUUGAAGUAUGAAUUCUGGUGCAUGGUGCUGCAAAGUAAAGUAUCCUGUCAUUGGAGGAGAGUGAUACCAAACUACUUCCAUUACUCAGCAUAGGUAAACACAUGUCUUAAAAACGUUUUGGUGUUAACCUUUUCAGUAUAUACAAAUGUAUGACGCUAUUUUGUAGUUUUGUUUCAUUCUUCAGAGUCGAUGAAUAUCUCAAUGUAAUGAAACUGAUGCUAGAACACUGUAACACUGAGAAGAACACGUUAUUUUGAUGGCUUUGUAUUACACUGUUGUCAAUGUCCAAUUAUAAUGCAAUAAUAACAUCGA